GGCACCCUGGCCCUCGCGCCCAUGCUCGAGGUGGCGCUCAGCCUGAUUGAUUCUUGGUGCAAAGAGAAUAGUUACGUGAUAGCUGGAUAUUACCAAGCUAACGAACGUGUGAAAGAUGCCAGUCCAAACCAGGUUGCUGAGAAGGUAGCUUCCAGGAUUGCAGAGGGCUUUAAUGACACGGCACUCAUAAUGGUGGACAACACAAAGGUUACGAUGGAGUGCAUAGUGCCCGCUAUUCAUGUCUAUGAGCAUCAUGAAAACAAAUGGAGAUGCAAAGACCCACGUUUGGAUUAUUGUGAAGACUGGCCCGAAGCUCAGAGGAUCUCUGCAUCUCUCUUGGACAGCAGGUCCUAUGAAACCCUUGUGGAUUUUGAUAAUCACCUGGAUGACAUCCGGAAUGACUGGACAAACCCAGAGAUCAACAAAGCUGUCCUACACCUGUGCUAGGAAGGCUCCCACUGACUAAUUUAUUGGCAUUUCCACUGUAUGCUGAAGAUAUAAAAAUGAUAUUUUUGAAUGUAAAUAAGAUAAUAUUCAGUACCUUAAGUGGAAACCCAGCAGAUUAAAAGUGGCACAUCACUUGGUCAAGAGUGAUAGGGCCUAUAAGCAGUCAACUCUUUUUAAUGAGGAUCCUUAAAAAUACAAAUCAUCAGUUAGCCAUUCUUGUGGAUUCCGUCCCAAAUGUAGUUGAAUGUUGCUAUAACCUUCCGAAUCCAAACGACUUCUGCUUGUCCAAAUUGUUCAUAUUAAAAAGUUUUGACUAACCUUUUGUAAUCUUUAGAGAGAGUAAUUUUUAAAGAUUUAUGGAAUAUCUUUCAAAAACGAAUCUCAUCCCGAGAUGAGAUGUUUUUAAACUCUUACGUCACAAAUAUGUAAACAGAAUCCAGUGGCAACUGGUCUUUUGACCUGGUUCUUAACUGGCAUUAUAUUGAUGCAGUCCAAUAACGUGAACUGCUAAAGAUUAUGCCCUGUGCACAUACUGCGUUUGUUUUGCAGCAGUUUAGCAUGUCACAGCUACAGAAUAACAUACUGAAAGCAAUAUUCCCAAAUGCUGCAAUGAUUCCCAACACCAGUGGGAAUACAACCAUGGUAGCUGCCUGAAAAAAUGUUACGACGAAGGUAAAAACUAAUCUUAACCUUGUGGUUUGUAUUUAAAAAAAAAAAAAAGACUUGAAGCUUGUUAAUGGUUUUAAAUGAAUAGAAAAGCUCUGACAAAAGUGAGGAAAAUAAGAAAGGACAGUGGAAUACUGUUUCAGUUAUAUGCAGUCUUUCUAUCUGGUUUUUAAAUGGAUAUAUUUAAUUUUGAGCUGAUUCAUUCACUGUCCAUUCAAAUAUAUUUAUCUGUUAAGUUAAGGGCAACUGAUCUGUCUCUAGAAGGUAGAUCUGUGGAGCCAAGAUACACUCUAGUUUCAUCUUGCAUUCAUCUUUCUAAUUUAAUAUCUUUGUUUCUAGCACAACUUGAUCAGUUGAUGGGGACGUUUUAUAACUUCGUUUUCUUUGACCUUAUUUUUAUAUGUAUUCUUUUCUAUCGGGUACACCAAAGCCAUUGUACCUUAUUUACUGUCUUUCCUUCGACAUUAUUACAGGACUUGGAACAACGCAACCUAGCAAACCUAAUGAACUUGAAAGGAUUGAUUUUUUUAUAUUGCUCAACACUUUUUUAACAGUAACAGCCAUUCCAAAUGGCAGGAAAAUGCUUUAGUUGACCAACUGCUGUUGUAGCUUUUCCCCCCGCUACUUGAAAAUAAACUUGAUGUGGGGAACGCCA